UGCUGUGUUUCGGUGUGAAACGUGACUCAUCUCAGGGUUUUCCUGCCUCUUUUUUUUUUUUUUUUUUUUUUGCGUUGUAACAUCCGGGGGCAGGUCCACAGAGUGGAGUGGGAGUGUCUGCGCUCUGCUUUCCUUCCCAGCAGGAGAAAGAAAAAAAACAAAAAACGCUGGAGCAGAAAGACUUUGGCACAGCGCUCACUGCUGCAGAGGAGAGCUCGGCUUCAACACACCGAGGAUUAUGUCAGCUUCCCGUCGCACCGAGGGACGCUUCAACCAGCUGAUGAACAUCCCCUGCCUCUGCUUCAGCUCAGCGGACUCUCAUCGCCCUGUUUACCACAUGCUUUGCUGAAAUACCUCCACUACAGGCUGCAGCUUCAACUCCAUCCCCAUCCUCCCCCCCACACCUCACUCUCCUCCUCCAGCUCGCUAUCGUCCCGAAGCCAGGAUGGACAAGACGCUCUGCAGUCCCGGGACCAACAGAACCAACUCCUCCUCGUCGUCGUCGUCGUCGCCCAGGAAGCCCGCGAGUCGGAGCGGCUCGUACAGCCCCGGCUCCGGCUCGCUGGGAGGCUCAGCUGGAGCAGGAGGCGGCCGGGGGACGGCGCAGGGCAGCGGCGUCAGCGAGCACCACCACCACCACCACCAGCAGCAGCAGCUGCAUGCGCGCAGGAGGCAGCUGGAAGGAGUGCUGAGCAAGUACACCAACCUGAUCCAAGGCUGGCAGAACAGGUACUUUGUGUUGGAUCCGGAUAUCGGCCAGCUGCAGUACUUCAUCAACGAGCAGGGGAGAACCCAAAAGCCCCGAGGGUCGCUACCCCUCAUCGGCGCCUCGGUGACCACGAGUGACGAGGCUCCGUACAUGUUCGUCGUGCACUCCGUCAACGGGGAGCUUUACAAACUUAAAGCGUCUGACGCUAAGGAGCAGCAGUUCUGGAUCAAUCAGCUCCAAGCUUGUGCCAGACGCCACUCUGACAGCAGUGCCAAGGUCAGGAAGCUGAAGAGCUCAGAUGAACACCUGAGUGUUGACCGAGCAGGAGGAGGACAAGAUGUCCUGGGACCCUCUUCAUCUGGUCGGACACGUAGCUUCUCCCUCCUCCCCCACCUAACUCCAUCUUCAUCCCCAAGUUCCCAGAGGCACCAGGGCCACUCGGCCUCACCCAGCAACAUCGUCAGCAUCACCCACCACAAGUCUCCAGCUGCAGCUCGACGGGCUAAGAGUCAGUAUCCAGGACAGCUGCUGGAGGUCAAGGAGGUGAUGUCCCAAGCAGAGGGCCAACAGAAGAACCUGGUCCACUCCAUUGACGCUCUACCCACCAAAGGCCCCCUCUCUUGUCUGGACCAGGACCUGCUGCUGCUCAAGGCGACGUCGGCCGCCACGCUCAGCUGCCUGGGCGAGUGCCUGAACAUCCUCCAGCAGACUCAGAGCCACAGCAGCCAAGCACCUCCUCAGUCCCACGCCUCCCAGCGUAGCCGUGGAACCCCCUCUGAUGGUGUUCCUGUGUGGACUGUACCAAAGUCGCCCUCAGGCGACACGCUGAGGAACGGAGGUCUGACUCCUUC